AGGCUUUCGCUCCCGGAGAUCCUCUUCCCUCAGGCGCGGCACUUUGAUCCACCGCACCCCGGAGCAUCUGGAGCAGUGCGUCCAGCAGCUUCAGCAGCUCAUCCCUCGGACCUUGAAGUGGCGGGGCCGGCCCGCGGCGGAGAAUCGCGCGCUGCUCUGGUGGUUCCUCAGGGACCGGAACCUGGACGUGACCUCCGCGGCGCGGAAGCUGCUGGCGUGCCUCCGCUGGCGCCAGAGCUUCUCCGUGGAGAAGCUGGGCCCGGAGCUCUUCGCGAAGGAGAUGCGCUCCAGAAAGGCCUACCUGCACGGGCACACAGACCUCUUUGGUCGCCCCUGCCUGGUGGUCAUCGCGCAGCGCCACAACGUGCUGGAGCGGAGGUUCAAGGAGAGUUGCUCCAUGUGCGCCUGGUACAUGGAGCGCAUUUUGGACCGCCUGGUCACCAAGGAGCCCAAGGACGGGGACGAGAUGGGUCCAAACGAGCAAGCCAUCGCCGUGGUGGAUCUCAAUGGCUUCUCCCCCCUUCAAGCCGACCUCGAGUUUGUGUGCUUUAUGGUGGACGUCAUCCACAACUACUACCCUCGGCGAUUUGGGAAGGUCCUGCUGGUGGACGCGCCUGAUCUGUUUGAGUCCUUCUGGCGCUCAGUUUGCCCCAUGCUGCACCACUAUCAGGACCUCGCGGAGUUCACCACGGCCUCGGAGGUGUGCCGCCGCUUCUUCGCCCCCGGCCAGGCCCCUCCGGAGCUGCAACGCUCCUACAGAGUCCGCUGAGACCGAGACUCCGAGAGGCCGAGAAGCGAAGCGACGAGACCUGAGUGGUCGAUUUACUCAUCACCUCGUCCAUUUGGAGGUUAGCUGAU